UAUUGUCUUAUUCUCUCCUUUAUACAGAAUGGACUCUGAGACGGCAGAUUUCAGAUACUACUUACUGCACGUAUAAAAUUGACCUAUAUAUGCACCUAUACAUGUGUGUAUAUAUACAUGUUCACACCUACUGCUGAUUGGACAAUUCUUUCUAAACACUGUACAAAAUGAGCACAAGAAAGAAGCGAGUGGACUUAAACAUUGCUCAGAAAUUGGAUGUUAUCAAGAAGCUGGAGGCUGACAUAACAGUGGACAGCUUGUCUGAAGAGUAUGGAGUCACCAAAGAGACGGUUCUGGACAUUUAUAAGGCUAAAGCUAAGAUCAUGGAUUUUUAUCAUAAGUACAGUGUAAGAGAAGAUUCUCAGGAAGAUGUACCGUAUUGCGGUGGAGUGGAAGCUAGGAAACGGAUAAAAAUGAGUGAACACAUCAUCAGUGGCAAAAGGAAUUGUUCAUACUGUAACAAGACAGUGAGUUCUCAACGGGCUCUGAAGACACAUGAACGUCUACAUAUAGGAAAGGGGAUAUUCCAGUGCUCUGUCUGUGGAAAGACCUACCUUAACAAGGAGAAGUUCAUCAUCCACUUUAGGGUUCACACAGGCGAGAGACCUUUUGAGUGCUCACUCUGCAAUAAGAAAUUCAGUGGAAAAUCAAAUCUGAAGAAGCAUGAGAAAACACAUAAAUAUGAUAUACCAUAUGAAUGUACAGUGUGCCAAAAAAAGUUCAAUUUAGAGACAGCUUUCAGGGAGCAUUUAAAAUGUCAUUCUGAUUUUAAAAAGUAUAGCUGUGCAGACUGUGAUAUGAAGUUCAAUUCGAAGACCAAUCUUUCACGCCACAUCAGGAUUCAUACAGGGGAGAAGCCCUUCAAAUGUUCCUUUUGUGACAAAUCCUUUACUUCGAAGUCUGAUUUGAAAAGGCAUUUAAGGAUUCACACUGGAGAAAAAGUUUCGUGUUCCCAGUGCAACAAAACAUUUAACACCCCUUCCAAUCUCAGGAUCCAUGAAAGGAUACACACAGGUGAAAAGCCAUACGAGUGUUCAUACUGUGGCAAGAAAUUUGUUUCUAGUUCGAAUUGCAAAGUGCAUGAAAAAAUUCACAAAGAUGAGAGACCUUUUCAAUGUAAACUCUGCAACAAAAGUUUCAGAGCAAAGUGUAAGUUGGAAAGACAUAAAAAAACUCACAGAGAUACAGAGUUACACAGCGAGGUUCCUUGUGUUAGUUUAGGAAAUUCAAAAUCUGAAGAAAAGUUUGUCAGUCCUGCACCAAAAAGAAAGUAUUACAAGGCUGAGCAGAGUGAAGAGGCCACAAAAUUCUUGACUGUUGGGCAGGAAGUACAGGUAUCUUUCACAAACAGUAGCAAUUAUAUGCUUGAUUCUGCUAAAAAAUAUAGUCACUCUGUGCUUGACUCUUCUAAAGAAGAUAGUCACCCUAUCCGUAAAUCUCCCAUAGAAUAUAGUUACUCUAUGCAUAAAAUGCAUAAUUACUUGAUGCAUGAAUAUCCAUCAAAGGACUUACACUCUGAGCCUACAGCUCAAUCAAAGAUUAUUCAGUCUGUGUGUAAAUCUCCAUUAGAGAAUAGUCAUUCCAUGCAUGAAUCCCAACCAAAGAACAGUCUUUCCAAGUGUGAGUUUCGCACUGGGGAAAACAGACCAAAGAAACUAGUUCAGAAUAAGAUAUCCUCUUUUUUCCCAACCAAGGAUAUAGUUAGACCUGCAAAGGAGCUUCAUGCAAAGAAAAGCCUCCACGAUGCAACUAAACCAAAGGACGACUGGAGAGUUUUUGUUUCUAUAUUAAUUGUCAAUAUGGAAGCUUGCCUGAAACGCCAAUAUUCAGAGAAUGAAACAGUAAUUUCAGAGUAAAUGUUUAGUUUACUUAUAAAGAAAUUGUACAGUGUUGUUUCUUUACUCAUUGUGAUAUGCAAUAUGAUUUGCUUAGACCUUAUGAAAAUAAAAUUUUCUGUUA